GCGCUUCCUGUAGACGUCGGGAUGUUUGGGAACCCGCUGUAAGGUAGUUAGCUAGCCAGCUACAGCCUUGUAUUUUUUAACGCUGGAGUUAUUUUUCUUGCUAAUUAAGUGGAUUACUCGCAUGUGAAGUUACAGACACAGCUAGCUGAUAAGUUAUGCGGAGUUGUACUUUAACCAACUUGGGGGCACUUCUGCAUGCAAAGCGUUUCCACGGCAAUUGGGAACGAAAGUGAGAGGGGGGCUGUUAGCCGCGUUUUGGACUUUUCCCUUAAAAAGACCUUCCACCGUGCUUUUUCUCCUUCCCUGAUGGCUGAAGCCAGGAUUGAUGAAGAGGAGGAAGAGUUGCGCGAGUUGCGGGACCCCGGCGUCAGGCGGAACCUGAGGCAGUCGAACCCAGCCGCAGAUCGCUCUGAGAGGAACAAGCCGGAGCAUCGGCAGUCCAGUCAAGGACCUCUUUCUUCUAUAAGAGCUGCCAUCAAGAGAACCUCAACAAGAUCAAAUUCCCAAAGCGAUAAUCAAAGAGACAGAAGGAGGCCGGAGAUAACCAUCUUGUCAGCAGAACCGCUGGCAACAAAUGCUUGGUUCCCAGGGGCUUCUGGGGGAUUUCCGCCUCCCCCGCCUCCAUCUGAACACAUCUGGGGAGGGAGCAUCCCUGCUGUUGCUCAGCCGCCGCCCUCCUAUGACCAGGUGAUCAGAGAGAAGACACAGGAGCAGGGCCCCCCGCCAGCCGCCACCCCCAGACGCUCCACCACCACCAUCGCCACGCAGACAGAAUUCCCAUCCCCGCCCGAGACGCCCACCUCACACCGCAGUGUAACUUCACAGGGCAGUGACAAAAAAGGAUCUGUCGCCAAAAGACCCCCCAAGCCACCAAGGCCGGCCUUUCCUUCCAAACCACUGCCAAGUGAAUCAGCAGCAAGUACAGUGGAUUGUCUCCUGGAUCUGGGAGAGUCCCCAGUUUUCCCCGCUAAGGAGCUCACAGAGACAAACAGUUGCACAGCUGAAGCCAUAAAUAGCCCACUUGAUACCAGCUGCAAAUUCCUGGCCAGCCCCUUAACAUCUGGGCCUGAUCUGCAAACAGGCCUCUCUGAACCCUCCCUCAUCUCCUUAGAUUUUCCCCCCGGCCGGACUGCGGAGUCCACUCCAUCCCCCGAUUCAAAACCUACAGCUGCCUGUCCGUCCCAGGAAGAUCCCAGACGCCCGAGACCACGCCCCCGCUCCAGGCCCCACGCGCAGCCCCUCACCAGAGAGGUCAAGGUUCAGACUCUGGUCAGGUUGAGAGACGAUGGAGAGAGCGCUCAGGUGAUCCAGAGCCCUGGGGAGGGUUCCUCCAGUAAGUAUCUGCAGGAGCUCCUGGAGGUUUUCGGCUCGGACGACCAGUGUUUUCUGAGUAGUCCGAUCGGUCCGAGCGACCCGAACGAGCAGAGCAACCGGAGCGAUCAGAGCGACUGCGACGAUCAGAGCGACCGCAGCUAUCAGAGCGACAACAGCGACCAAAGUGAAGAGGACAGCAUGAGCACCCUGCGUACAAAGAUCCAGGCCUUCGAGAAGCAGGCCAGCUCUGGCAGCGGGGACGAGGACCCCCCUAAGAGGCCCGAACCACGCCCUCGCGCUCAACCCCCCAGGCCUCCAGCGGUGGCCACAAAGCCGUCGGUCCCCGCCAAACCGUCCCUUGCCCCACGGCCUUCAAACAAGGGCUUCUGGGAGAAGGGCCCGGCUUCGGGGCCAAGGCCCGAAACGAACAACCAUAAAGAGGUUAACUGUGCCCCUACCCCCGCCCCGAGGCCCCUCCUCCCCAAAAAGUCUGCUGCAGAAAGUGAUAACAAGGAUGCGCCGGUAACACGCCAGCGCCCACCGCGACCCUCCAUAGCUGUGCGGGCCAAAAACCCCACUGUCCGGGACGAGGGCAGUGCCGUUGUCCUCCCCGCCCCCCCAGUGCCGGCCAAACCCUCAGCCAACCUGAUCGACCUCAACAGCCAAACCCCAGCCGCCCCGCCCCCGGCGAUAACCCCAGACUGUGAGAGCAAAAAAACUGCAUCAGACGAUGUUCCGGCCAAACGCGGCAGCAACCCGGAUCGGCCGAGCGUUCCUCAGAAGCCGACGGUGAUCCGAGUUCCGAGCAGAACUGGCAAAUUGUGUGAGGAUGACUCUGCGGACCCUGUUCCGCCUCUUCCAGUGCAGAAGCCAGUGGGUGGGCUGCCUCCUCCUGUUGCCCAGAAGCCCAGCCCGACCUCCAAACCCACACCUCAGCCCUCAACACAGGAAUCCACUAACGUUGAGAAGCUUGGCAGCUCCUUACCAGAGAAGUCACUUCCUCCUCGGCCUAGUGGGGGUAAGGUGCUCCCCCCUCGCCCCCCACCAGCUAAAGGAGCCCCGGCAAGGCCACCCCCGCCCCAGACUGCAGGACCCAAGCGCCCACAGAGCCAGGGGUCCCCGAAAAAAGGACCCGCCCUCCCUCCCAGGCCCAGCCCAGGACACCCCCUCUAUGGCAGAUAUACGAAGAAAAACGAGGCCCUUAAGCCUCCUGAGAAAACGGAGAGCAGUAACCUUGAAUGUCAGUUAGUAGACAUCCAAAGUCGACCGCAGAAGCCCCCCGUGAAGGUCGUCGCUCCCCUUGUGGAUGUCGCCAGCAGCUCAGAGCCUCAGGCUCCUGGUCCCAAACAGGCUCAGAGAGAGAGCUGUGGGCUGCAGGCGCAGGUGCUACACGAUUUCACUCCAGAGGGUCCUGAUGAGCUGGCCCUCAGGGCGGGAGACACGGUGUCCAUGGUGGAGCGGGUGGACGGCGAAUGGUACCGUGGGACCUGCAGGGGCUCCUCCGGCAUCUUCCCCGUCAAUCAUGUUAAAGUACUGUCAAACAGUCCUGCUCCAACCCUCAAAAAGGAAGCUGGUCCAGUGGCUGCACCCAUCAGCGGCCCGAGAUGUGUCGCGCGUUUCGACUUCGACAACGAGCACGGCGACGAGCUGCCAUUCUCUGAGGGCACCGUGAUCAGGCUGAAGGAGUACCUGGACCAGGAGUGGGCCCGGGGCGACAUCGACGGCCGCAGCGGCAUCUUCCCCCUCAACUUCGUGGAGGUCGUGGAGGACCUGCCAGCCCCGCUGGUGCCACCACAGCCUGUUCACAAGAACACUGAGCUGCCUGGCUCGGCUUCUUCCCCUCCGAACCAAGAGAAAGACGCCAAACCCAGUCAGAGAGGGCCUGAAGGGGAGGAGUGGGCCACCGCUCUCUACGACUUCACCGCCCAGACGGACGAGGACCUCUCCUUCCAGCAGGGGGCGCGCAUCCUAAUCAUGGAGCACGUGGACUCCGAGUGGUGCUGCGGGAGGCUGAACGACAAGGAGGGCCUCUUCCCUAAGGCUUUCGUGCAGAUCUGUACAGCUCAGGUGGAGGAGAAGCAGCCCCCCAGUGUGCCUGACGGGAGAGGAAGAGCCAGAGCCUUAUUCAGCUUCACCUCCGAGUGCGAGGAAGAGCUGUCAGUCAAGGUUGGGGACAUUAUCACAAAUCUGGAAUCCAUAGAUGAGGAAUGGUUCUUUGGGGAACUGAAUGGGAGACGCGGCUUGAUCCCCAAAAACUACGUCCAGGUGCUGCAAGACUCGUAAAGGAGCAUUACUGACACGAGCAGCCCCAAAAAGGCCUCAGACAGUCAGGCGCAUGUGGAGGAUGUUUUCUUAUUUUGGAUUCCCGGGAGUCAGGAUCACGGAAAUAAAGACCGAAAUGGAGGUGUGUCACGGACUUUUUGUAAUGAAAUGUAGGAGGACGAUCAUGUUGCCACUUGGACUGAAUGGUCAUGUCUCCAGAAAGGCCUUUUGCCCGAGGUUCAGCAUUUCUCUGUCUUGACAGUAAAUUUGGAUUCUACAUUCCGUUUAUGAAUAACUGGAGGACACUGUAUGUGCUGUUGCUUUCAAGAGACCCAGUAUGUUUACAGACCUAUUUAUAGAUAUUAAAGGUAUCUGCAGUUAAAAUAGUUUGUGGUACACAGUAUAACAUAUCCUUGAAUAUGAUGUAGGAUACUUGGCGAUGGCAGAUGCAUUCUCUAUAUAGAAAUGCAUUUUAUUUGUAGCGAAGAGCCUUCACCUUGCAUGUCAAACAUGAAGUGCCUUUUGACAAAUCACCAAUGAAAUGGCCUUACAUGACCGCUACCAUGUGACAUGGGAUUCAUACGCUGAGAGUAAUACCGCAGUAUGCAUUAAGUGCUCUCAGUGGCUUAAAUGUGAAUUUCACACUAUUAGUGCAUUUUGAAUUGGAAUUCAUUCACUUUUAUGUGUACCAUUUCACAAACAUAAGUUAUUUCUGAUUUUUUUUUUCCAUCUGUGUGCAAUGCAAUGUCACUUAAUGUUGUAACCUGUUAAAACUUCUCAUCGCAUGUCCUAAACAAAUUGUUCACCUUUGUUCUAGCGCCACCCUGUGGCUGAUACUGUUCAGACAGCGUGCGGCACUUCACGU